AUGCGCGAAAGGAACGAAAAUCAAAUGAAAGGUCGUUGGACGCGACUUAACGAAAAUGCAAACAAAUGGGUUGCUGCUUACAAAGAAGCAUAUCGUCAAAAAAGAAGUGGAAUGAGUAUGGCAGAUGUUGAGAAAGGAGCUCAUGCAAUUUUUGAGGGGGGUGGGAAAAAGUUUUUAGACUUGCUUGUAUUCAACCAAGUUAUGUGUAAACAUCCCAAGUGGGAAAUAAAGUUAGACUGUGACACUACACGUUCUCGUACGGAAUAUGAAAUGGGUUGUGAAGAUAGAAGUGGAAGCACGAAAAGGUCUAAAACUACGGAAGAAGAAGACACCGACCAAGAAUCUCCGAUUAUUGGUCGUUCAACGAUUCAGCGUCCUACGGGUAGAGAUGCGGCAAAAAAGAGAGGAAAAGAUUCAGCUGACGUUUUUGAUAAAUGGCAAUCACGAGUUGCUAAACAAAACCAACAACUUGAUCGCAUGGUCGAGGAUAUGGUGAUAAACUCAUCUAAUAUGUUCAUAAGAGAUCAACCUCCAAGAGCAAGAAGAAUAUAUCGUGACAGGCAACGUGAGAUGGGUGAAGCACGUUUGAUGGAAGACUAUUUUGUUGAGAAUCCAACGAAUGAUGAUGUUAUCUUCCGAAGAAGAUUUCGAAUGAGAAGACCUUUAUUUCAUCGUAUAGUGGAUGCUGUUACUGCUAAUGACGUAUAUUUUCAACGAAGACCUGAUGCCUCGGGUAGACAAAGUCUUUCACCAUUGCAAAAAUGUACUGGAGCCAUGAGGGUGUUGGCUUAUGGGACAUCAGUUGAUGUAGUUGACGAAUAUUUGAGAAUGAGUGGAUCCACAACAAGGGAAGCUCUCAUCAACUUCGUAAAUGGUGUCAUCUUAUGUUUUGGUGACGAGUACCUUAGAAAGCCUACCAAAGAUGAUUUGGCAAGACUACUACAUGUUGGGGAUCAACGUGGCUUUCCGGGUUCGUUAAAUGAUAUUAAUGUAYUUCACCGAUCUCCUAUUUUUGAUGAUAUAUUAGCAGGUCGAGCACCAAAAGUUACAUAUGUCGUGAAUGGUCGUGAAAAUGAUAGGGCAUAUUAUCUCACUGAUGGGAUAUAUCCUUCAUGGGCUGCAUUUGUCAAGUCAAUUACGUCUCCCCAAAUCCAAAAGCAUAAGUUAUUUGCCGAACAUCAAGAGGGUGUCAGAAAAGAUGUUGAGCGAGCAUUUGGAGUUCUACAAGCUCGUUUUGCAUUUCUUCGACAUCCAUGUCUUGUUUGGGACAAAGAUAAUAUGGGACAAAUUAUGAUUGCCUUUUGGGUAGGUGGAAGAGAGAGAAAUUAA